GUGGCCGGGCCGGAAGCCGCGGGCGCCGGGUGCGCCGCUACUCUAGGCCGGGGCCUGGCCAUGGGCCCCGCGGCCCGCAGCGAGGCGCAGGGCGUCCUGCCCGCCCCGCAGCUGGUGGCGGCGGCUCGGGAGGCGCUGGGGGCCGGGUCCAGGCGGCGGCUGGCGGCAGCCCGCGCUCUGCAGCUGGCCGGCGAGGUGCUGGCGGUGGCGGCGGGGCUGAAGCCGGCGCUGCUGUACGACUGCGGGGCGGCGGGGCCCGCCGAGCUGCGGCGCUACGUGGAGCGGCUGUGGGAGGCCGGGCUGGGCCUGUGCCGGCUGCACCUGCUGGGCGUGGCGGGCGAUGUGCUGCUGCUGCACCCGGGCCGUGCUCGGCGGCGGCUGGAGGCCGCACUCCGUGCCCACCCCGCGCCCUUCAUGGAUGUGGCAGCAGCGCGGUCCAGUCCUGCGCUCUGUGGCCCAGCUGAGGCUGCAGCCAUCAGAGGCCACCUCGAGGCACUCCUGGCACACCUCGUGGCUGCGGAGGAGGCUGCCAGCAGCCCCGUGUCCUGCAGUGAGGUCGUGGCCACGGGCUGGAAUCUCUGCACUGUGUUCGGGGUGCUGCUGGGCUAUCCAGCAGCCUACACCUUCCCGGUGGAGGAGGGUGCUGAGAACUGCCUGGCGCUGACGCCGCUCAGAGUAUUCACGGCCCAGGCCUCCUGCCCCAGGAUACAGGGAGGGCUCCGGGUGCAGAUCUACUCCUUCAGUAUCCCCGAGAGCCUCUGCAUGGAGCUGCAGGAGGUGUUGGAUGCCUGGCGCGAGGAGCUGAGGGAUGACUUCUGUGCACAGAGCGACUUCAUCGAUCUCUGCAUUUCCAGCGAGGUGGUGUUGCUGCCGGCAGUUGCCUUGUGACAAACAGACGGAGAAACACUGGCUUUUCACCCUGUUCCUCACAUGCCUCAGGGAGUGAGGUGGGGAACCCACUAAGGCACUUUUGAGAGGCCACAAGCACCAACCAGAUGGGUUUGGGCCUGACCGCUCAGGCUAGGUGUGGAUCAAGUCCAUGCACGUCCCAAGUAUGUGGAUAAACACACAGAGCAGCUCCACAGCCUGGAUCCUGACUGUGGAGUGUGUUAUUGUGUGUAUUUAUUUGCUGUGAACGACCGAGGAUUAAUAAAAAGCGCUAACACAGCAGUGUUCUUAGUUUA